AUGGUUUUCCUCAGACGGACGAUGCUGCUUCGCUACCUGCUGCUGUCGGCCAUGUUGGCUCUGCUCCUCUUCAUCAGCUCCUUCUGGCUACCUCAGGGUGCCAGAGACUGUGGCACCGCCUGGCAGCCAUGUUUGAGUUUUAACCACCAAACACCUGAGCCUCCAUUGGCUCCUGCCAAGUGGGCGGAGCCUGACAGAGCCCCACCCCUCAUCCAGGAGUGUCCUGGCCAAUCGUUUCAGGCCUGGCGUCUGCUGCUUCAUUUAAAGUCCAGCAUGUCAGACGACAACGACAUUCUGAUGGAGCCGUAUCUCCAGAGCUGGGAUGAGCUCAUCAACUUCAUGGAGUCUCUCGGGACGAUGGUCAGUUUCUUCUCUCAGAAGGUGAAAGAAAAAGUUGUAGUGAUACGAGAGCUGUCACUCAAACACAGCAGAGAGGCUCAUGGGAAACGUGGUCCGUCUGACCUCUCAGGACUACAAACUCCAGCAUCAUUUGGACUGAAAAACGGGAUGUACCGUUCAGUUCGCUCCAUGGUGGAGGCGGAGCUAAAAGCAGGCAUGGUGGACUUUUCCCGCCGCACAGAUUCAGGCUGCCGGACACUGCUUCGGCUGCAUCGAUCGCUCCUGUGGCUCAAGCUGAUGUUGGAGGGUUUGGCUGAAGGACCGGACGCAGACGGACGCUUCAAAACACCCGGAGAGCUGAGCAGGGACGCCUACAAGGUGGCGUUGGCCCCCCACCACCCCUGGGUACUCCGUCAGGCCGCCGAGCUCGUCUUCCUCGCCCUCCCGGAGAGGAAGUACUUCCUGCAGCUGGUGUGCGUAAAGAGCACGCGGGAGGCGGCGCCCGUCCUGCGGGUCAUCAUCCAUCAUCUGACGCUGGUUCACACGCGAACUCAGCGAAUCCUGAGCGAACACGACAUGCUGGAGCUGCCCUGAACGCCACACGCCAACAACCAGACUGUACGAACUGUAAAGUAAAGAGAGCUGGAGGUGUCAGAAAACCACCGACACACGACUGACAACAUCUUUCUGUGUCAAUACGGUAAAAAAACAACAUACUGAACACUUUUUUUUAUAAGCACUGUACUUUCUUAUAAACUUUAUAAAUGUAGGAAUAGUUUUUCUCGCUCUGGUUUCCUCCACAAAAUGACAUUUUUGAAAAAAAAAUUCUCAGAAUGUCGUUUAUUAGUUUGGUCACACAUGUCAAAGCAGACAAGCACUUUUUAUUAUUUUUACACUGAAGUACAGAAUGAAAGCAGUUUUCUCUUUUAAUACGCUGCACAAGUAAAAAUGGAAAACCAGGAUAUUUGUAGUUUGUAGUUUUGUAACAUCAGUUCAGAGAGAAACAUGCACUUUAAGGCACCAAAUGCUGCAUUCAGGAUCACGUGGGACUUAUGAGUGUUUCCGUCCAUCAACGUACCAAAAACAUUUAAAAAAUAAAUGAGGACGGAGCU